AUGAAUAAAAGCAACAGCCUCUUCGUGCCAUCCAGCGGUUUGCCCGAUCUUAAACUCAUCAACGUGUUUCACCUCGGUGGUCAAAGCAAUUCUACUUGGAUAUUCGAAUAUUUCACUCCAAACGAACACUUACGGAAAAGCGUUUUGCUAAGCGGAACCGAUAUUACUUCCGCUCAAGAAACAUGGAGACAUCAGACGGAUCCGUUACAAGCCGGUGAAUACGGUAGUAACCAGGAGUCUAUAUCCCCAUAA